CACAGUAAUUGACCGACCAUUGACCAUCCUCUACAACCAAUCCAACGAAAAAUCAUCUUGUGACGGGCUUGAUGCUCUCUGACCAAUCCCUUCCAUCACAACUCCCGCCAUUCCGAAACCGACAUCCAUCUCCUGCUCACUACCACCACUUACGACCUAGGUGACUACUGAGACUUGUUGACUGCCACGAACGAAACUCACCACCGGCAACUUGCUGCUCCCUCUUCCCGCAUUCGUCGUCCUCCUUCCACCAACUUACAUACCUCGUAACACAGGCCAACUGUCGUCAUUUCUCGUCUUGUUGACCCGAGAACACAACUACUACAUAGUACUUCCGUCGACGACCUCAACGACUCUCUUCAUACCCUGCCGUUGCCAGCGAACCUCCACUCCUCGCGUUUCACGUCACCAAUUGCGUGGCCUUGCGCAUGCGGACCUUCUGAGACCGCCGCCCUCUCCCGUUAUCUGAGACAUUGCACUCUGACUAUCCUGGCACAUCCAACACGCGACAUGUUGUGUGUUCGGCGUCGUCUUUGAGCACCGAUACCCCACUGCAUCCCAGACAUCAAUUGAUUUAUCCUUGCCGUUGCAGACCGGAAGAGAUAUUGAAAGCCCAAUAUACGUUACGAACCUCUACGACACGAUGUCCCCGAACGCAUCGUCGAUCAAUGACAAGACCAGUGCGGCUCCCAGCACGGAAUCUAAAGAGUCUGCCUCACCCCUGUUGAAAGAUCCAUCCGUCGAGCGCAAUGAGAGAGAAAUACCCGAGUCAAGCGCAGGGGACACAUCUGCAAAGCCCCGAAAGCGAGACUUCUGGAAGCUGGGCAAGAAGCACGAGGAAGAAAAACCAAAGGGCAAGACACCUGUUACAUCCAAUCCUGCACCAGUCAGCCCAGCAGCCGGGCUACAUCCGGCCUCGCCCAUGCGUUCACCAGAUGCUGUCAGUGGUUCGAUCUCACCGCACAGGAUGUCCUUGACAUCUCCAUAUCCAGCAUCUCCAGGCUUUGGAAGGCGGAGUGCUUCUCCAAGACCGCAGUCACCCGCUUCGUCGAUGAUCUUCGAACGAAAUGUCCAAGAAGAAGUCUCCCAUCCCGAGACAUCUCCUCAUCUCCCGUCGCAUGUUAUCAUGGAAAACCACAUUGCGCCUGCCUUGGAUGCCUCCGCUGAGGCCAUCACGAAUGAAAAGUUGGACCCAGACACGGUCGAGAUAGUGACGCAUGCAACACAUCAGCCAGCGGCAGUGACAAUUACAGGGUUGCAAGCCGAUCACUCGUUGGCUUCGUCCCUGCAGGACGAGUUUCCUCCAACAUCAGCUCAUCGACAAGACAUGGACAAUGCGUCUACUUAUGGCUCUUUGGAUUCGACCGACGUCCGCCGGUUGAGCUUCAUUUCCUUCGCCGAUGUCGUUCACGGCGAGCAGGAGAUGGGCGACGUGCGACGCGAUUCAGCACAUCUGUCUGGACACCCGUCUCUCAUACCUCCCAGGUCGCCCUCGCCCGUCCGCUCCCCUACAUCGUCUGCAGCAUUCGGGACGUCUCCACCGACGAGCGUUACAGCUUCGGUCAGAGGAUUCGAAACUUCUCCAAACCGUGCUCCCAGAGGUACCGUGAGCCCGUUGCCAGGACAGAGUUCGCCUUUGGCUAUAGGUAGUGAGAUCAAUGUCGAAACCAUGAGGCAGGCUCUACGAAAGACAGGGAGCGGAGAUCUCAGCCAUUUCCGCAGCCCCCCAUCCAGUGCCGUCGGCAAUGACGAUGGCACAUACGACCGACCUUUCAGAUGAGGCCAGGGGGUGGGGAUAGGCCGGACAUGAUCUACGCAGGCGCAUAUCAUGGUGAAUGGAAGGAUGCAUCUCACCACGGCGGCAGGAAUGAUAGGGCGGGACUAUCGACUGAUGAAUUGGAUCUCACCAGUCCACUUUGUUUUUCCCUUCCCUGACCUUGUGUGUGAGGCGGCGUUGUCUCUAACCAAGGACUUUUAGAUACCACUUUUUGCUGAAUGAUCAUGACAUUUUUGACUUCCAUGCAGCUCAGGAAAGACACGGUCCAAAUUCCAUGUCUUUUACAAUGAUCCUUCAUCUCUGCGUUCGAAUUGAUCCUGUUGAGCGCGAUCGUUGCAUGGGACAAAGGAGUAUCUUCGUGAUGAGCAGGGAGAAUGGAAAUAUGUGCAGAACAAGGGAAUGAGAAGCUACGUAGUAUGUCGGGUCCAUUUUGUUAUCGUGGGGAUCUAUUG